AUGUCAGCCGGAAGGUGGGCAGUUUGUUUUCUUUGUGGCCAGUUCCUCAUUUUGUCGGCCAAUUCCCAAAGCUUUUUACAAGUGAAAGGGAAGAAUCUGACUCUAAAUGGGGAAAAGGUAUUUCUGUCUGGAAUGAACCAAGCGUGGGUCCACUAUGGGUCUGAUUUCGGAAAUGGGAACUACGAAAAAUCAAAGGUAGCACUGUACCAAACGAUCGAUCACAUUCACAACAGCGGUGGAAACUCUAUGCGUGUGUGGUUACAUGUGGGUGGGUCAUCAACACCGAUGUUCAACAGCUCUGGAUUUGUCACUGGCCUGGACAAAUACAUCCUGUCUGAUUUGAGGGAUUUUCUGCUGAGAGCUCAGAGUAGAAAUGUACUCAUAAAUUUCUCUUUGUGGAAUUGCUUGAGUGGUAACUUAAUGAAGGGUCUAUAUACUGAUGAAAUGAAGCUCCAGUCCUAUAUUGAUAAUGCUCUAAGGCCCAUGGUGAGAGCCUUGAGGGACCUGAGAGCUUUAGGAAGCUGGGAGAUUAUAAAUGAACCUGAGGGGUGCAUAGCAAAAGGUGUAUAUAACAAAGACCAUUGUUUUGACACCCGUCUGGACCCCCUGCCGUGGGAGGGAGGGAGCUGGGAAGCAAAGUACCCACGUUACGAUCUUUCAAGGUUCAUCAGCAGACAGGCCAGUGCUAUACACCAGGAGGACCCCAAGGCCCUGGUAACUGUAGGUAUCUGGACCUGGUUUACAAUCCUGGAGAAGUGGCCCAGGACUAACUUUUACUCUGAUGCCUGCUUGAACAAGGCGGGUGGUGUAACGGACGGACACCUGGACUUUUACCAGAUUCACACCUACGAUAUACUCGGCUUCUUUUCAGAACACGCCCCCUUCAAGGUCAAUGCCUCGUACUAUCUGCUAGAUAAACCACUAGUUAUUGGAGAGUUCAGCCAGAAGAAGGGGGGUGGCUUUUCCUCCAAGCAGCUCUUCACCCACGCGUACGAACACGGCUACAGCGGGGCCUGGUCGUGGUGUGCGCUAGAUGAAGACGGUGCCUCGGACAAUUUGACAGUCCAGAUGCUCGGGAUGUCAGCACUAAAAGGAAGAAAUAACCAGAGUCUCGGAGGUCGUAUCGACAUAAUUAUCAAUGAUACCCUCUCUCGAAGCAGUAAUAUAUUUUGCACAUUUGCUCAAAAUCGGCUCGCCAUAUUUUAUUUUUUGCUACUGCUCCUUUUGGUUCUGUUUUGUAUCGAGUUGCUCAGGAUUGUGUCGAAGUGCAUCAAGGGAGUUAACUCUAAACCAAAGUUAUUCCCCUUUGAUUCCAAAACUCUGUUACUGUGAUAUUUUCGGUUCACUGGUCGUUUUUGACAGAUUUUUGUUUUCUUAGGUGUGCAAAUCAGGGUGGCAAUUUUUUAUCUUACUGGAGAAUAACUUUUGCUGAAAUUACUCAAUUUUGUUACUUUUUUCAUACCUUUUUUGUUGAUGGUAUUGGUUGGAACUUCAUACUGGUCAGUUGUUUGAAAAAAAGACUAACUGGAGGAUCAGAUAGAAAAACAGUGGUGAGCAAAAAUAAUGAAAGAUCAUAGAACUUAGUUGUGUAAAGAUUAAACACAUUUGUCGUGGUUAUGACCAGUCAGUCUUAUUAAACUGCAAAGACUGUAUGAAGAAAACCAUUCUAUAUAGAUGUAUAUACAUGUAUACUUCCAGGUUUUUACAUCUGUAGUUUAAUGUUUUUAUUUUGCUUUAAUAGUGUAUAAUGGAUUUCCUCUUCUCCUUAGGAAGAGCUGCUAGCAAUCGCAGGUUUUCUGCUGGGCUCUGUUCGGCUUCCUCCCACCAUAGUGUUGGUCCCUGUCAUGUAAGGGAAUACAGCAUAAGGCACCAGUCAAAUAAAAACAGUCAAUAAUUCCAAGAAUACUCUUCCUCAAGGAUGUGUUGGUUAAAUAUUGGACAUGAUUUUUCCACCAAAUUUAUCCUUAAGGAAAAAAUAAACUGCAUUGUAGGCAGGACCUAAGGAUAUGAAAGAUUUCAGAUUUUGUGAAGAAUAGGGUGAAUUUGACUAGAGUGAGCCUGUGGAAUAAUUGUUAAAAGGAGGACUUUAAAAUUUCUAGCCAUUAAGUCUGUGGACCACUGUUCUCUGUUUAAGCACCUUCUGCAGCAACAGACUCAUAGAAUGCCACAGGUUGUUUCACAUUUUCAAUGUGGACACAUAGCAUGCAGCUGUACAUAGUUUCUCUAAUUUUUACACAUACCGUUGUGUCCGCAGUCAUUAAUGUACAGUCAUUAAUGUGGUCUUUGUGGUUCAGUGUAUAACAAACAUUCCAUGACAUAUUAUGUCGAUAUUUGAUUCCAAGGCAACUAUUUUGUCAUUGUAUAUUUGGACAGAUUAUUAUAAAUAUGUAAUAUGAUUCUUUUGUACUGUAAAAUACACUAUUUUUUGUAUAAUCUUUUAUAAAGUGUUGUGAUAGUUGAUUGUGGCUAUACGCUGCAUCUGUAUGUAUACAUGGCUCAUAAAACCGGUUUAUUUCCAUGCAUUAGCAAAUCUGACUACAUUGUAUUACUGUGUUUUUGGUGCUUUUCUGGUACAUGUGUGCUCAAUAUGUCGUUGUUUCACCAGCAUGAUUUCUCAUGAUCCUGUCUGUAUUAUUGAAGUAGUUUUGUACAACACUUGUAUCUGUAUAAAACAAUAAGCAGCAACAUGUUAGAAUGAUUACUAUUUUUAUUAUAAAUAGUGUUAAGAGAUUUAUGCUUGUGUCGUUUAAGCAAAAUAUUCUUACUUACGACAUAACGC